AUGUCGACAAAUUUAAAGAGCUACUUGGGACUCACCGAAACAUCUGGCGAUACGGUGCCCUUGACAGCUUUACCUGCAUCAUGGUACACUUCUCCCGAUAUGUUCGAACUAGAACGCCGAGCCAUAUUUUCACGCAAAUGGCUUUUGACCACACACAUGCUACGUCUUUGUAAUACCGGCGAUUGGCUCAGAUACGAUAUUGCUGGGUUUGGCUUUAUUCUUGUCCGUGAUCGGGAGGGCAACAUCAAUGCUUUCCACAACGUUUGCCGUCAUCGUGCGUUCCCUGUGGUAACUGAAGGCGAGGGAACUUCACGAAUUUUCUCCUGCAAGUAUCAUGGAUGGUCUUACGGGUUGAAUGGCAAGCUCGCUAAAGCACCUGGCUAUCAAGACCUCGAGGGCUUUGACAAGAGCAAGAACAGCCUCUUGCCUAUUCAUGUUCACAUCGACGUCAAUGGCUUCAUUUGGGUCAACCUGGAUAGCAAGGACACCCCGGAACUAUCCUGGGAAGAAGAGUUCCAAGGAGUUGACUUGCAGAGUCAAUUCCAAGAUCUUAAUGUUGAGGAUUACAGCUUCGACCAUGCCUGGGAAAGGGAGGGCGAGUUCAAUUGGAAGACAUUGGCCAACGAUUACAAUGAGGGCUACGACACGAAGACAUCCCAUCCUGAUAUCCCUUCUCUUUCAGUUCUCAGCCAUUAUAGCUUUGAUGCCAAUGACGGCAGUAUCACCCAUAGCACCGAUCGGGCGCCAGAACGAAGCUCCGCAGGUCAGAACCUAACUAGUAGCUACUACUUCCCCAAUACCUCCAUGGUCGCUUCUCCACAUUUCUUCUUCCUGCGUCGAUUUGUGCCCGUUUCCGCAACGAGCAGCAUUGAGCGUUAUGAAGUCUAUCGAAGCAAGUCUGCCAGCGACGAAGAGUUCGAGUUGGUCAAGCAAUUAUACAAAAACCUCAAGGGCGAGGUACACCCGACAACAGACAAGGGCCCAUUAUACUUCCAGAGUGUGGUCCGAGAGAUUGUGAUCAACUUCCACAAGCGCGAGGAAGAGCUCGGUCAAGCAAUCUGGCCUUCUCGACAGGUUCUGCCAGCUACGGCUACGACCAGUCAAGAAGAUAUCGAUUUCUGCGCCAAACUUACCACCCAAACCCCCGCAAACGCUGACUGUGGAGCAUCGGGUGGAUGCUGCGGAGGGGUGGCAUGUGCGAGCGGGAAUGAGGCUCUCGCCUAUUAG